AUGUAUACAAAUCAGUACACUCCUCAGUAUUCACAAUAUAAUCAACAAUAUCAGCAAUAUCCAUCCAAUUACUAUCAAAUGUACAAUAAUUAUAACCAACCACCUGCUUAUAACGUUCCUCCACCGACGCAAACAGCUACGACGUUUAUAAGUCCAAAUGUACCCGCCGUCCAACAGCCUCAAGUAUCAACUCCCGGACAAAAUGUUACAAGCUUGUGGAUGGGAAGCCUGGAACCUUAUAUGACAGAGAGCUUCAUCACAGGUGCAUUUCAAAAGAUGGGGGAGUAUCCGAAGAAUGUCAAGUUGAUGCGUAAUAAAAAUACUGGCGAAACUGCUGGUUAUGCAUUUGUUGACUUCUAUGAUCCAGUAUCUAUUAUGCAUAAACUCAAUGGAAAAUAUAUACCUGGUACUAAUCCACCUGUAAGAUUUAAACUCAAUCACGCUGGAAAUCCUGGAAAAAUUACUACGAGUGAUAAAGAUUUUUCUGUAUGGUUGGGUGAACUUAGCUCUGAUGUAGACGACUAUCAACUAUAUAAAACAUUUGCAUGCCGCUAUCAAUCUAUACGUACAGCUAAAGUGGUCUUAGACAGUGCCGGUUACAGUAAAGGAUAUGGAUUUAUUCGUUUUAGCAGUGAAGAAGAACAAAAACACUGUCUUAACAAUAUGAAUGGUUUUCCGGGUCUUGGUUCCAAACCUAUUAAGGUUAGCAGUGUCAUACCAAAAUCAGAACGGCAUAUUGUUGUUGCUUCAAAUGACUCUCAAGGGUAUAAAGCUAGUCAAGAUUAUGGUCAGUAUUUUGAAACCAACUAUUGGCAUCGUUACUCAAUAUGGAAUCAACCCGAAAUUCAGAAUAAUGUGCUUAAGCCAGAACCAGCUAUUGAAACUGCCGUUAUUAAAACAAAUGGCAAUUUAAAUCUAGUUGAUUACAAAAAAUCAAUUGACGUAGAUGCAUUAAACAAAGACCUUGUCACACAAGAUUACAAUUUAUGGGAUGCACUUGAAAGUUCUAAAUGGCUACCAAUCGACACUUUAGAAGUUAUUUAA